AUGACGGAAUCGCCAAUACCUUCGGCCAGCAACAUUCAGACCUCGUAUAUUCAUAGCAGGAGCCAAUCUCAAAUGCAAACUCAAGAUGACAAGAGCGAAAAAACGGAGAAGGCUGUUCUUUCGCAAAUUCAAGAGAUCAACAGCCAAGUGGCGCAAUACCGCGAUUUGCUGAUAAACAUCGGCCAGCCACGGGACUGUCCGGAACUUCGAGAAAAAAUUCGAAGAUUGAGACGAAAUUGCGUAGAAACGUGCAGACACACGUCCCAGCUUAUACUGCCACAAGUACGAAGAACUACGGAUAUCGGAAUCCCUGUAGACAGUCCAAAUUUGAUGCUUCUCUUUUAUGUCGCGCAAUUGUUUCUGCGCGAGCUGUGCAAAAGUAAGAACCUCAUCCGCAUCGUGCCGAUGGACAUGACGGAGUAUUACGAAACUCGAUCCGGCCCAUCCAACAUCGGCAAUGUGAUCUCACAAAUAGUCCUCUGUAAGCAAAUCACGCCAGACUUCUACGAGGAAGAGUUGUGCAGUAUCCAGAAAGAUUCCGAAGAAAUUCGUGGUCUGAUCAACGAACUGCAAGAGUUUAUGCCUCAAUCAAGUGGCGAUAUAGAAAAGUACACGGCUUUACAAAAUGCUGCAAGUUGGAGUAAUCGUACCAACGGUAGACGGAUACACCGAUGGAACCAAACUCAUAAUAGACCUACUAGAACUACCAGACAAUCGUCCUACUUUUGCGGAGCUUUGAAUCUUUUUUGUUGCGCAGCAAGAACAAAUUACGUUUAAUUACUAGACAUAUUUGCCCGCCAAAUUUCUUUACAAAAAAUCUUUUUGCGAAAAUUUUUUAUUAAUUUCCUUCCUUGCUAGAUUUUCUGUUUCAAAUUUUAAAUCAUAAAUAAAAAGAAAUUCUCGUUGUGUUUUGCAAUCAUGAAACGAAACAUUCUUAUAAUUAGUCGAUUAGAUGAGAAACUUAAGAAACCUAAUACUGAGAUUUUAUUUAGUUAAUAGUACAAACCAUUUAAUAAUAAGUACAAACUUCUUAAUAUAGAAAAAUAUUCAAUAAACAUAUUUUUAUAAAGGAAUUUCAUUUAUUGCGGAAUUGUUUAAAUAAUAGUAAGAAAUCUAAAACUUACGAUUCUCAAACGAUGGAAUUUGUCUCACAUCGGUAAUCGACGAUCGUAAAACGACUAAGAUCGAUUUCUUGAUGAAUUUUAUUACACUCCCUCUUGUUCUUCGAUCAGCACCAAUAACCAUGGAAUGAUAUUUAAUAUCUAAAAAAGGAAAAGUCAAUGUAAAAACAAUUAUUAUAGAUGUGGUGUUAUCAUUUAUAUUCGUAUAAUUAUCAAAAUCCGAACUGUGAUGAACGAGCUCAAAUUUAUCGCUGAUCGAUAUAAAAAACUACAUCACAUCGGAUAAUAAGGAAAUAAAUGCCAAUUGAAUUGGACAUUGAUUAUUUCAAUAGUGGACCAACGUAUCAUUUGUAUGCAAUGAAAGUGAUGUAAUUAAAAACAUUUCUACUACUUUAAAAAUUUAAUCGUAUUAAACUUUUUAAAAAAUAUUCUAUUGUUAAAAAUCUUUAUUUCUGU